UUACUACAGGUGACCCAGUAAGAGGUAACCACCCGGGCCUCGCUCGCUGGUUUAGUUUCGGUUUUGUGCUCGGGGGUUUUCACCGGUUGGUAUGAUGUAUGAUGUAUGAUGUCCCUGCCCGGCGCUCACUGGCUUCCUCAUCCGCCCGUCCCCUGCUGCCGCCGCCGCUGCAGGGACGUGACUGUGAGCUGUGCUUCCGAGCAGUGAGCGUCGAGGAGCAUGUGGUAAACUUUGGACCGCUUGCGUAGUUGUUUUUGUUUUACGGUUGCGGAAGACUGAAGGGGAGCUGCCGCCGCUGUUUCUCCUGGAAACGAAACUUUAACGGCGCGGAUCGAGCUCACUAUGUUCGACCGUCUGUCACCAAUUUAAGAAGAAAGGAUGGAUGACGAGAGAAGCGACGCAGGCGGAGGAGAGGCGGAGUUGGAGGAUGAGUUUGCGUGCGCCGGGAUGCUGCGGGGGUCUCUGACCUCCCUGCACAGCACGGUGGAGCGGAUAUUCAGUGUGGCGUUCAGCAUCGGGGCGGACGAUUUGCCUCACGGCAGCAACGGCCAAAUAUGGCUGAAACUGCGAGGGCCGAGCGCCAGUGUGAAAGCCGCCAAGUUAUUUGUGAAAGGAGUUGUGAACCAGGAGGAACAGCAGGAGAUUAAGUAUCCUGGGGUGCUUCACUGUGUCUUCUGCGGAGCCAAAGGCCUGUUCAUGGACAGCCUGAUCAAAAGCACCUCAGCACAUAUAGUGGUCGUCUCUCCAGGAUUCCUGCUCAUAUCUGGCCUGGUGGAGCCGGUGGUGCGAGCCUACUCUCUUAUUACAGACCUGGUAGAGAGGUAUGAGGGCACACAGUCCAAGCGCAUGGGGGACGGAGGCUCAGGUGAGUCCCUGGAUUCACGACGGGCCUUUAAAACUCUGGUGGAGAAGUGGGAAGACAGGCACAUCCUGGAUCUUCUUGUGCUGCCAGGAUCAGUAAAGGAAAUCCUGUUGGACUUGGUGAAAGAAACGGGACUUGGAUCAAGCCCUAGUUCAUCACUGACUGAUGUAAAUACAGAGGCAAGGCCACAUGGGGAUUCAGAGGAUAGGUCUAAAAUACCCAGUGCCCUAAAGCAAACAGUCCCUGAUCCUUCUACCACUACUGAGCGAUGGGCUGAAGGGAUGGCUGCAGGCACAGGAAAUGACUUUGCAAAUAAAGACUCCUUCCAGGGUUUUUACAUGUCUGCAGGCACCCGAGGGAGGGCAGAGGGUGCUGAAGAAAGACCCGCGCAUUCACCACAGGAGGUAGGAGAAGAGCACUUGGGCCAAGCAACAGCAUCCGGGAAGGAAAAAGAGCAGGAGUUGCAGCUGUCGAUGGGAAACAAGGAGUUUUGGCUUCUUUUGAAAUUCUUUACCGCCAUGGGAUACACAGAGGAGGUUGUGAAACGAGUGCUUGCCAGAACAGGACCUAAAGAGGCAUCGCAGAUUCUGGACUUAGUUCAACAGGAGCAGGACCGCAGUGACCAAGAGCAGAGGAAUCGGGUUCUCCCAAACCCAAAGAGGGAAGACGCUGUCGACCUGAAUCAGACAGAGAAAAACCGACCCUGUGAGACAGAACACAGAGAAGAUGGGGGAGAAAUAGCAGGAGGCGGUGGAGCCAUACGUAGCGAUGGAGAAACAGAAGAAGGACGAGAGGGGGAAGACGCAACAGGGGAUGCAAGACACAAUCAGGGAAAAGUCAGUGCAGACGUAAUGAAUAAAGAGCAAGAGGAAGACUUUGUGCUGGGGGUGUUGAAGAAAGCGGCAGCCAGCUGUGGGUACCCCGAACAGAACGUAACCAAACUGUACAACUUGUUGCCUGAUGGAUCGACUCACCAGCUGCUCCUGCAGCUGCAGAAAGAGGGAGUCAAAGAGGCAGGAGCCUUCAGAGAAGGACCGAGAGAGAUGGAUGAUGUGGUCUUGGACACUGGCGGGUCAAAACUUCAAAUAAUACCAGAACUUCAGCCUUAUACACCUCCAGAAGAGAGAGAAUUCGAUGGUCGAGAAAAGAUAAGGGUGUCAAGGAUUGAUAGUAGUGUCCCUAUUGAGGGACGAGAUAUUUGGAAUAAUAAACCCCAGCAGUCACCGGUGACCUUGUACACCUCACAGCAAAAGCAACACCAGCCUUCAAAGUCACAAACUCCUCACCACAUCAUCCUACCUGGGGUCAAAGGGCCACCAAUGCCUACUUAUGCCUCAUCCAUGGAUCCUCAGCUCACCAAUUUCCAAUCUCAUAAGCAACAAGGCAACACCAACUACUUGCCUAAUCCAUCUCCCACAAAACAGAAUCAUCAUGCUCAGAACAAUGGCUCAAAGCACUCCUUUAAGCAAGCCCUUCAAGCUCCUCAGCCUUUAUUCCCUGGCACGAAGGACUCGUCUCCCACCAGAGCGAUGGACAAACGGGGUUUCGUGUCUACUCCUCCAGUGGUGGUGACAGGAGAGCAGCGAUUCUUGGAGAGCCUGCAGAUCCCCUUUGAACUCAAGCUGACAGACCAGCCCGGAGACCCAACACUGAGGACGAUCAUAAUUGAUGGGAGUAACGUGGCUAUGAGUCACGGACUGGGUCAUUUCUUCUCCUGUCGGGGAAUCGCUCUGGCUGUACAGCACUUCUGGGACCGAGGCCAUCGUCAAAUCAGCGCCCUAAUUCCACAGUGGAGGCAAAAGAGCGACCCCAGGGUCAAAGAGAAGCACUAUCUGACAGAGCUGCAGCAGCUGGGCCUGCUCUCCUACACACCAUCCAGAGAGGUCCAAGGCAAGAGGAUCAGCUCGUAUGAUGACAGAAUGAUACUGCAGCACGCACAGAAGACAGGCGGAGUGAUCGUGACCAACGACAACCUGAGGGACCUCUUGGACGAGUCCCCCGUAUGGAGGGACAUCAUUAAAAAGAGUCUUCUUCAGUACACUUUUGUCGGGGAUCACUUCAUGGUCCCUGAUGACCCUCUUGGAAGAGGAGGGCCUCACCUGGAUGACUUCCUGCGUUCAGAGCAUAGGAGUCCAAAUCCAGGAAAUCACUCUUUUGCUGGCUCGGCCUCAUCUUUCAGUUCCUCCAAACAGCCACGCUCCCAAACAGAGGUCAUCAACUUCCGUGACCGAACACUAGGGGGCGCACUGGACGCUUUGGGAGCAGCCGGCAGGGGUAGAGGAAGGGGACAAGGAAAGGGAUGGGACAUGGGACAGAAGCAGAAGCAGUAUGGUGCUACAGGUCAUGGCCAGGGGGUCCGGACCGAGAGGAGUCCUGAAGAAACAGCCAGCCUGAGAGAGCAGCUCUGUCAGGUUUUCCCUAAUCAGGACAACAUGGUGACGCUGGUGCUGCAGUGCCACUCGGCAGAGACGGACAUCAACGUGCUGUCUGAUCUGAUUUUGGAGCAGCAAUCAACAAACUAGAAAUCUCUCAGUUUUAGUGUUUCACCAUAGAGUUUUCUCACAGAGUUGUUAUUCAUUUUCUCGUGUGACUAUAGACUCUAUGUAAAAGAUGGAUUUUAGCAACUGUGACAUCAUCCAUUGGUUUGUGGUUUGUUUGUUUUUUAAUCAGAACCAAUGAAGGUGAAGUGGAUUUAGCUGAGAAAAUUAGAAUAUUGUACACUCAGUUUUGGCCAGUGUUGCCAACUUAGCGACUUUGUCACUAUAUAUAGUGAGUUUUCAGGCCUCCUCAGCAUCUUUUUUUCUAAAAAGCGACUAGCGACAAAUCUGGCGACUUUUGGUGGUGUUAUUAGGAAGACUUAGAACCACUUUUUGACGUGAAAGCACGUAUCACUCUUUCUCUCAACAAGCAGCGGAUGUCGCCAUGGGCACCUCGCCUGUGCCAAAGCGCUCACAGGUGACGGAUUGUUGUCACGCAGCAGUUGCAACCCAGCUGCUGUCAGAGCAGGAGAUGUUGACCCCCUACGCCUCCAAAACUGCAAAUGAAUGGCGCAUGAGUGACUGACUGUAACACAGUCAGUUCUUCUUUUACUCCAACUUUUUGCAAAUCACAAAGUUUAAAGCUACACACACACAAAGUAAUUCUGCCAGAGUGCCUAUUUCAGGUCACUUUUGCCAGUACCCAGCCCAGACACAGGAGGUGGGUUAGAAUUGUGACAUAAAAAAACAAUAACUGCUAAAAGAAAUUUAAUUUGUAGUUCUAAAUAUAUUCUAAAUUAAUUUAUUGUGUUUUUUACUCACUUUAUGUCUCUUCCACGAUAUUUCUCUCUCCUACAACAUAGGUUACAAUUACAUAAGCAUGACCAAUUGUGCAAAUUAGGUAAUGACAUUAUUUAGCAACUUUUAGGACAGCGAUUUUCCUUACUGAGGAGUUGGCAACACUGGUUUUGGCUUCACAUUUCAAAUUCGGAGGUUACAUCCAUCUCCCAUAUACAGUCUGUAUGGAUAUAGCACAACAGCAACUACAAAGAUAGAUAGAUAGAUAGAUAGAUAGAUAGAUAGAUAGAUAGAUAGAUAGAUAGAUAGAUAGAUAAAGCUAAAACUAGACCUGCUCUGUCAACUGAACCAGAAAAAUCCCUCAGUGAUUGUCAGUUCAUUAUUUGUGUUUGUUGUUUUGAUUUUUCUUCCAGAACUAUACAGAUGUAUUAUUCUUCUACAUUUAUGCAUUGCUGUCAGUGUUUAUUGUGUAUUUUAUGUUAGUCUGAUUUCUGUCAAAGCACCAGUAAAACUGAAGACAUUCCAGUGUAGCUUUAAUGCCAAAUACUGGCAUGCUAACACACCAAACUAAUGUGAAUAUAUGGUUAAUACAUUAGUUAGCAUUCUGACGCAUUAAAUUGACAUCCAAAAAUUUGGUCAAGACAUAAGUUAGGAUGCUAAAUCACCUAAUUGACACACAAACAUAUGGUUAACGCCUUAGUUAGCUUGCUAAUUACCAAACUAACACAUUAGCAUGAAUAUAUUAGCUAGAAUGUUAACAUACAUAGUUAGCGUUUUAGCAUGCAAAAACACCAAAUUAACAUUUUGGUUCUGACACACCAAAUUAAUGUAAAUAUAUAUAAACAUAUUGGUUAGCAUGCUAAUAUUGACAUUUAGCUUUAGUACAGCUUCCUAGGUUUAAGUUGGUUUUAUGGUUGAGCAGAAGUAGCAGGGACUGCCCGUCCACCUGCAGUGAGCGCUGUUGUCAGAUGGAGGCAGUGUACAAGGUAUGUUACCGCCAUUGUGCAGGCUACUUUUGUUUGUCUGUGAGCGAAUUUUUUACACACAGAGAGCUGAAGUGAAACCGAGUGUUAAAAACUAUGAAAAUAUUACUGCAGCCACUGUCUGUGCUAUUCGUGCUUUAUUUUUUUAGUCAUUUUUCGAGGUUCUCCGAUUCCUGGUGAACUCUUCUAUUGCUCCCUUCUCUAUUCCAGCCCACUUGUCAACCAGUCAGCAUUCUGCAGUUGCAAAUAUCAUCCACUUACAGCAACCUGCAGCCUAGAUCUCAAAGGACUGCAUGGGAGAGCGUCUUGGGUGGGGGAAAACCCCCCUGUUUGACCAAAAGCUGUACGCAGAUGGACACAUUUGUGACCAUAAAACCAGCCUUAGAGACACUAGCUCAGCAACAGAGUCUUAUUUUUAUUUUUUUGUAUUUUUAUAAGACUAAUAUAGUCAUUGCGUAAUGACACCUAUUAACUAUCUUUCUCCGGGUAGUUUUAACUCUGGGAAAACGAUUGUGAAUCCCAUAUGGUAUCAUAACAGAGCCAUUUUAUAAACAGUUAGUCUGCUUUGGGUAAUAUAAAAUUACAUAUUUUGUGUAUUUUUCUGUUGUUUUUCCUUUAAUUUUACAGCCACCGGUUUACUUAGAAAAUAGGUUGAAAGAUUUCUCAGAGGUACAUAGUUGGCACUGAGAAUAGAUUUUUGGAUAUACAGUAACUGGUGUAAGAGUGUGUCAUGCUGAGAAAGUAAAAACCCAACUUUGCAAAAAUCUGCACAAUUAUAUAUUUUAACUUAUUUUAAUUAGGUCUUUUGUUUCGCAUAACUUUGGUUAUGAGUCUAUAAUUAUAUCUUUAAGGUAUGUCUGGAUGAAGAAAUUAAGAGCAAACCAAAACAUGGAAAAUUCAUUCUUCAUCCAAAUGUCAUUGUUAAUGUGGGCUACUUCCGUGUGAGUAAAUAGCCGUAAUCUUAUUUGUAUUGUUAAUAUUUAUAUAUUUUAUUCUUGUUCUUAAUUAAAAUAUUUUUUAAAUGGUG